UGUUUCUUCCCCUGCAAAAUGAGCAGACAAUGGAAUUGUUAUUGCGCUCAGCCAGGUGUCUGGUUGUGGUUGUUAAAUUAACUAAAUGAACAUUCUACAUUCUGUAUUUUGUGUCCCAAAUGCUGGAAAUCCCCCCUCUCUCCUGUGUCCCCUUAACCCCCCACCCCAACUGCCCCCGCCCCUAGCCCGGGCUGCGGCAACAGGUGUUGAGGGGGGGCGGGGUUGGGAAGGGGCGGGCACCCUCGCGCGGCUCCGCGCCCUGGGCUUCGGGAGACAGGUCCCCGGGGGCCCUCCCCCGCCCGCGGUGCUGGCAGGAGCUGGCGACCGACCGAGGCGGCGGUGGCGGCUGGGACGACACGACGGAGUGGAGGCCGAGCUGAGCAGAGCAGAGCCCCAGCCCCGGCGCCUUCCGCGCCCGCCUGCCCGCGCGUCCGUCAGUCCUCCAGCUGCGCCCGCGCCGCGCGUGAGCCCCGAGCCUCGGAGACAUGAAUACCCGGCACCCCGACGCACCCAAGGCGCAGCGGCCCGGCCCCGCAGCCCCGUGAUGGGCUCCUGCGUGUCGCGAGAUCUGUUCACAAGUGCCCACAAGGACUGCCCCCUGCCUCAGGGCACAGACCCCCUGAGCCCAGACUUGCCCGCCAGCCGCCCACCCAACAUUGCUCCAGACCAUGUCACUGGCAAGGACAAACAGAUGGAUUUCUGUUGGGAUCCUUGGCAGAGGUGCUUCCAGACCACUAACGGCUACCUGUCUGACUCCAGAUCCUGCUCCAGCAACUACAACGUGGCAGCCUUGGCCACCUCGUCCCUUGUGGGGGUGGUACAGAGCAUCAAGGACCAUAUCACAAAGCCCACGGCCAUGGCACGUGGCCGCGUGGCACACCUCAUCGAGUGGAAAGGCUGGAGCGCCCAGCGGUCAGACUGGACACUGUCCCCAGCCGAGGAUGAGCAUUACUGCUGCCUCCCAGAUGAGCUGCGGGAGGCCCGUUUUGCUGCAGGGGUCGCCGAGCAGUUUGCCAUCGCCGAGGCCACACUGAGCGCCUGGUCCUCGCUGGACGACGAGGAGAUGCACCCCAAGAACAGCCUCCAGGACAUGGUCCAUCUACAGGGCACUGCCCGCCUGGAGAGCAUCUGCCUUGACGACGGUCUCCCGAGCAGCCCCUCGCAAGAGGACAGUCUUCUGGCCUUCUCGUCCCCUGGCCUCUCCCCUGAUGGCUGGCCCUCCCCCGAGGAGCCCCCCAUCAUGGCUGCUGCCCCACAACCCCCCAGCCCCAAACAGCAGCAUCGGCAGCGGCUGCCAGGAGGCCCAGGGCCCGAGGGUGGGGCCUGCCUGCAGGGCUCCCUGCCCUCGGUGGACAGCGGCUCCCUCUCGGAGGAGGAGGACGAGGUAUUCUAUAACUGAGGCGGGGCCGUGUGGCCUGUAUCCUGCUCACACUGUGACCUGGCCUGGCGGGUAGCCUAGGUGCGUCAGGACAGCAGGUUGGGCUGGGCCUCUCUUGAUCCCUCAGGGCUGGCAUGGGGUGGGUGAGGCAGAGAUGGGGGGCAGCAUCUUUGUGGACCACUCUGGGCCUCUGUGGACCUUCCCCAGCAGCGGAGCCAUAAUCCCCCUUCUCCCUUCUUUACUCAGCUCAGGUGGGUACUUGACCCCACCAGGGUUUCUACCGUUAGCGAGCUCGAGGACUCGGCAGAGUCCAGGGCAGGCCGCCCAGAGGAGCCAACAGGCAGGCCCGCAGGCAGACAACCACAGAAGGGCCUGGAGACCCACCCGGAGUGGGCCCUGAGGACCCUGCCUUGACCCGGGUCUCAGUCCCUCUCCCCCUGUCUCUGUACUUCUGCCCCCGCCCCCAUCAGAGGUGGGGUAGGCUCCUCUGGUAGCUAAGCAUCUGCUCCUAAUCUGUCAUCACAAGGAUACCUGUCUCCGUGGAGCGUCUGUCCAUCUCGCAUUCUGAACCCUGGUGCCCCUGCUCCCCCUCUUUACACCCUCCCCCUAUCUCCCUGAAGGUUCUCUGAAGACAUUAAAG